AUGUCUUCUGUUUGUCGUGAAAGUGGAAAACAUGGAGGAUCAGCAAUCUACACAAGAAGAUCAGUGAAGUGCAAAGAAAGAAAGGACUUAAGUGAUUUCUCGGUGAUUGGCCAUUUUGAAUGUGCGGCUGUGGAGUGCUGGAUUAAUAAGACCAAGUUGAUCGUUCUGUCGGUAUAUAGACCCUGCGGCGGCAGUUUGGAUGUUUUCCUUGAGAAGAUGGAAAUGGUGCUAGCUUCAGUUGGUGUGGGGCCGGAAAUUAUUGUGUCGGAUGAUUUCAACAUUGACCUUUUGGAGUCAACAAAUGUAGGUGAUAAAAUAGAUUUUCUGUCCUUAAUGAGUUCAGUUGAACUCACUCAAACCAUUAAUGAACCUACCAGGGUAACAAUUAACAGUAGUAGUUGCUUAGAUAAUAUUUUUACCAGUUUUCAUUACUCUGAAUAUGAAUCGCAGAUACUCAGAACUGUAAUAUCGGAUCACUUCGGUCAGAAAAUUUCUUUGAAAUUCCAUAAAGUUAACAAAAGUAAACCAAUUUUUAGAAGGUUUUUUACCCCUGAACAUAUUGAGGCUUUCAGGAGUGAUCUGGGGGAGCAGGACUGGGUGUCUGUAUUUGCGGCAGCUGAGUGUGAUGUGAAUUCUCAAUGGAAGAGUUUUAUGGAUGUAUUUUUGUUGCUCUUCCAUGAGAAGUUUCCUCAAAAACUUGUUCAUGUUAGGAAGGUGGAUUCCAUAAAGAUGUUUGAAACUCAGGAAAUUAGGGAAUGUAAGAAUAGAUUAGAUAAUCUUCUACUACUGCGAACUCAUCAUAAAAUAUAUGAUGAUCUUUAUAAAAUUGAAAAGAAAAACUAUGAGUCCCUUCUAGUUAAAUCCAAAGCUUCCUAUUAUGGGAAAAAGAUCCAAAGUUCAGAUAACAAAUCCAAAAUGAUGUGGUCAAUAGUAAAUGAUGUAACCGGAAAGAAUUAUAACAAUGAAUGUGGUGUUGAAGGGUCACCUUCUGAGGUGUCAAACAAAUUUUCCAAAUUUUUUGAUUCGCUUGUUCAACAGUUGGCUAAGGAAAUUACUGAUAUUCCUUUUGUAAAUUAUUCUCCGGAAAUAAUGGAAGUAUUCACCCUCACGCCAGUUUCGCCUGAAGAAAUUGUUCUAAUAAUUAAUAGUUUCAAAAAUAAACAUUGCAGUGGCUAUGAUGAGGUGUCUCUGUCAAAUCUCUGA